AUGAGUGGGGCAAAUCAGUCGAGUGUCUCCAAGUUCAUCCUCCUGGGACUCUCGACACAGCCACAGCAGCGGCAGCUCCUCUUUGUGCUCUUCCUGAGCAUGUACCUGGCCACAGUCCUGGGAAACCUGCUCAUCAUCCUGGCCAUCAGCACAGACUCUUGGCUGCACACUCCCAUGUACUUCUUCCUCAGCAACCUGUCCUUUGUGGAUAUUUGCUUUUCUUCCACCACUAUCCCCAAGACGCUGGCCAACCACAUACUUGAGAGUCAGACCAUCUCUUUCUCUGGGUGUUUCAUGCAGAUGUAUUUUGUCAUUGUGUUUGCCUACAUGGACAAUUUCCUUCUGGCGGUGAUGGCCUAUGAUCCCUAUGUUGCUGUGUGCCAUCCCUUACACUAUACAACAAUGAUGACCCAUCAGCUCUGUGCCUUGCUGAUUGCUGGAUCAUGGGUAAUAGCCAAUCUGAAUUCUCUAUUGGACAUUCUGUUGAUAGCUCGUCUUUCUUUCUGUGCACAGAACACAAUCCCCCACUUUUUUUGUGACGUGAGUCUGUUGAAACUCUCAUGCUCUGACACAUAUCUUAAUGACAUGAUAAUUCUUACAGAAGGAACCCUAAUAAUGAUCACUCCCUUUGUUUGUAUUCUGGCUUCAUAUAUCCAUAUCAUCUUGGCUGUUCUGGGAAUUCCAUCCACAAAGGGAAAAUGGAAAGUCUUCUUCACCUGUGGCUCCCACCUGACAGUAGUUUUACUUUUUUAUGGCACCAAUACUCUGUAUUUCAAUCCCGCGUCCUCCCAUUCAGCUGAGACAGACACUGUAUCUACUGUGAUGUAUACAGUGGUGACCCCCAUGCUAAAUCCUUUCAUUUACAGUCUCAGGAACAAGGACAUGAAAGGGGCUCUAAGAAAAAUGAUUGUCAUAGAAGGCUUUUCUGAUAGAUACUGA